GCCAGGCUACACCAUUUGGACUUUCCUUGAUGCCAUUCCUACUUUCUCAGCUCUGACUCUUUUCCAAUACAUUCAGAUUCACAAUCAAACUGUAUACCAAAAUUCGCACAUUUACCACCUUCAGACAGCUCAAAAUGCCUUACAAGAUCAACGUCUCACUUCAGAAGGGUGCCGACGCCCAGCACUACGAUGCGGCCAAGAAGAACGUCGAAGACCAAGGCGGCAAGAUCGUGAACGAGUUCAAGCUUAUCAAGGGCUUCACUGCCGAGUUCCCAGACGACAAAGUCCACUCCCUGUCCUCGAACGAGCACAUCAAUGUCGAGAAGGAUGGCGUGGUGACAACGCAAUAGAUGAUGAUUGAACACUGGUUACGCAGGACACGAGGUCAUGAUAUGAUGCUACGCGAGAUGGCUAUAGAUGGACAAUAGCAUAUGAGAAUAUUUCGACGGGCUGACAGCCACGCCUUCGAUUCCCA